CGAUUAUAAAGCCAGUCGCACUAGAGCAGCGACAAAACCCGGUUCUAUUUCCCUCAUUCUAAAAAAUGUCUUCUAGCUUUGGUACAAAGUGUUUGAUAUUUCUGUUUGUUGCAGUGGGAUGCUACCAUUCCGCAAAUGCCCAAGUGUUUACCUUGGCUCAAUGUCCAACCGUCCAAGUCAUCUCGCCCUUCGAUGCCGACAGGUACUUGGGCACAUGGUACAACAACCGAAACUACUUUGCCAUCUUCCAAGCUGGACUGGAUUGCAUAACAGCCAAUUACGCAAAAAAUUCAGACAAUAUCACUGUUACAAACACAGGAUUCAAAAUUAUCAAAAGAACUAAACAAGUAGCGCUCGGAUCAGCUCGUGUCGUAGAGCCCGGUAAACUAAUUGUUAAUUUUCCCGGAAGUCCCUCUUCACAGACCCCAAAUUAUUUGAUACUUGAUACCGACUACGACAAUUACGCUGUUGUCUGGAGUUGCUCAAAUCUUGGGCCCGUUAGCUUACGCUUUGCAUGGAUCUUAACUCGUGCUGAAGUCCCAACCAGUACUAACGUCAACAAAGCGCUAGCUGUAUUUCAGAGCUAUGCCAUCAACGUAAACAAAUUGAAAGUAACCAAUCAUAACAAUUGUCCCACCUGACGAUCCAAUUUGAAAAAUUGGUGACAAGAAAAAAGAGAAACACUGGGAUCUUUCAAGAUUUACCAGAUUCAUAUUUAUCAAUAAUUUAACCACAAAUCAUUUUUACUUUUCAUUACUUGGCUUUGUAUCAAUAAAACUUUUAUGCUUUAAA